AUGUGCUGGGUUAAGCGCGUCCUCUGGGCCUGUGGCUGCAUCCACGGCACCAUCCCGGCUCGCUACUGCGACCACUACGGCACCGACGACUGCGAGAUCCGCCAUCUCCUGGAGCGCUUCCGCAUCCCGGCGCUCUGCGAGAUCCACGAGCGCCCGCAGCAGCCUGCCCGGUCCCGGACCAGACGCCGCCGCCGAGCCCGCCGACACCAGCAGCCGGCCCAGACCGUUCAACAGCUUGACCAAGGCCCAGAGGUCCCGCAGCUCGAAGACUUCACCGGCCUCCCCGAUGUGCCUGAACUCCCGCAGCAGGACCAAGAACACUACCCGGCCCAGCCCAUCGAACCGGCUCUGCCCGUCAUGCCGGAUACCCCGUCCUCCCCCUUGGGUAACAACCACCACCACAACAACAACGGCCACAACCAGCAGGGCAGCGGCAACCGUCGUCUCCCGGGUCUCCGCCCCCUAACGCCCCCGGACUCGUCAUCCUCGCCGGCUGUCCCCGACUCCCUGCCGUCCCUGCGGCCCGACAACAACCGUCACCGACGCGAGAGUCCAUCUCUUCGUGCGUCGCGCCACCGUCUGACUCGCCGUGAGCGUGCUGCUGAGAGGGCUGCUCGGUUUGCUGCUCAUGGUAUUCGCGUUGGUGAUAGUUCUGAUGCGGAGGUUGGCCAGAAUGGGAACGGCCAGGCUGGUGUUGCGGAGGGUAGCGAUGGUCAAAAUGGGGUUGAGAGCGGCAGUGGUGAGCUCAGCGAUGUUGACGGUAGCGUCGAGGGUUCUGGUAACAGCCAGUGA